GUGGAGCAAAAUGCAAACCAGAAGUGUCUUUCCUUUGUGGCUCAUAGUAUGUCUGAGCUGGAGAAGGCCGUGGUGACCCUCAUUGAUGUUUUCCACCAGUAUUCCGGAAGGGAGGGUGACAAGCACAAACUGAAGAAGUCAGAGCUCAAGGAGCUAAUCAACACAGAGCUUUCUCACUUUUUAGAGGAAAUCAAAGAGCAAGAAGCUGUGGACAAAGUCAUGAACAUCCUGGACAGUGAUGGAGAUGGGGAAUGUGACUUCCAGGAAUUCAUGGCCUUCGUUGCCAUGGUGACCACUGCCUGCCACGAGUUCUUUGAGCAUGAGUGAAAGGGACAGAGCAGCCACUGGCCCUGAGCAGAGGCGAGAUGGCAGGGAACAGAGAGCAGGGUCAGUCAGGGCUACAGCUGUCCAGAUGCCUGUAGCUAAUUAGGGAGCAUGAUUUACAUAGUGAGUGAAAAAUUGAAACCUCCUCUGGAGAGCAGCUUCUCAUGGCCUACACAGUUGUUUCUUUCACAUGUGUCAUCCUCUUAUAACCCUCACACAGAAGCAUAGCUAAAUCCCACCUCCACC